UAACACAAACUGCUAAUCUAAGCUAUCUGAAAGGAUUCCAACGUCAACGACUUUCAGUGUAAUCCUGGACUCAAUAUGUCGCUUUUUCCGGCAUACGGCGAUUGCGAGCAAAAGGACAAUCCAAAUGCCGCAGUGCAGCAAUCGGAUUCUGCAGCUACUGUCAAUGCUGAUAUUAUUAAAUGGCAGAGCAAUUGCAGCUACGAGUUGCCUGCCGAAGCUGCGGAUAAGCUGGACUCGACGAGUAGCUCCGACUGCCACAAAUCCGAUUCCGAUGCCGGUUCCCAUUCUGGCUCCGAUUCGAGCCGAUGCUCCUCUCCUGCCACCAAGCCGAGCAAUGCCAUUACACAGCGUACCUUGGAAUUUAAUGCCACUGUCGAAUUCUAUGUGGACAAGUCAUCCAAUAAGCGACACGAAAAAUGGGACACGCUGCCGCCACUGUCGCGGCCAAAGUACACGAUCAGGAUGAGCCGCUUGACAGACCCAAGUUGCCAGCGGCCAAAGCAGCGCAAACUGAAGAAGCGCAAACGUCUGAGCAAGAGCCUCCAGCCCGGCGCUGAGCCAAAGCUGACCGCGGCAGAGUUGGAGGCAAAAAUGCAGCGCAUACAAGAGCUCAAUACCAUGGUGGCCAAUCAUCCGCAAUAUUUAAGCAAUUGGAUUGAGCUGCAUCAGCUGCUCGGACAGAAUGUGUCCAAAAGCAAUCGACUGGCCGUCGCCGAGCAGCAGCUGCACAAGCUGGAAACAGCGCUCAAUCAUCAUCCCGGCAAUGAGCAGCUGCUGCAGCUGUAUGUGGACACGGCGAGUUCCACGUAUCCGGAUAGUCAGGUGGCCACCAAGAUCGAGCAGCUGCUGGAGCGCACACCAUACGAGUAUACCCUGUGGACGGCCCUCAUAAUGACCACGCAGGGCACGAUGGCGCGCUGCAAUGUGCCGGAUGUGCUGCACAUAUAUGAGCAGUGCAUGCGUCGCAUGCAUCUGGGACCCAAGGAUAAGCGCCAGCAUACGGAUGAACUGAUGCUGAAGCUCUUUCACAACUGUGUCCUCUUUCUGCGCCAAUCGGCGAACUGUGGCCACAUGUUUUCGCUGCUGAAACUGGCGCUGGAACUGAAUUUCCAUCAUCUGAAUUUCGAUUGCUUUGAGGCGUGCGCAGCAAAGGAGACGCCGCUGGUCGAAUACGAGGAGCUGGUGCUGCGCUCCGGCAUGCCCAUGCCAGAGAUAUGGACACGCAUCGAACGUUUGCGGCAGGCGUACAAUUUUCUGCCGUAUCCACAGUUGCGUCGUGGCCAAAUGCAGCUGGACGUUGCCGUCGGUCUCGAUCCGCAGCGCUGCAUCUACACGGACGACGUCUGCCACUAUAUAUACCCAUUGAAGUCCAUGGAUAACACAAUGCAGCUGCUGCUGCAGACGCUGCAGCUGACCAAGCUGCCGUUUGUGCGCACCAAUUGCUUGGCGGAGCGUCUGUGCGCGCGCAUCGAUCAAAUUGGCGACUCCGAGGCCAUUGAGAUGCUGCUCGCUGGCCUGGCCGAGCGCUAUAGUUAUGCGCUGCCGGCGCAGAGCGCUGGCCGUGCGGACUACACCAGCGGCAUGCUCCAGAUGGCCAAGGAGCUGUGCGUCAGUCCCAGCUUUAUGCCGCACGUGAUCGGGCAUGAGCUCUAUGUGGACUGCCUUGGCCAGCUGCUGCUCAAAUGCAGCGCAGCCUUUACGGCGUCCGAGAACAGAUCGAAGCGUUUGGUCUUUCUGCUGCUCUGGUUCCGUUUCGAGCGCCUGUUGCUGCUGCUGCACAAGCUGACCGGAAAUCUGACUUUGGAGCACGGGCGCCAGGCGCGCAAGCGUAUGCGGCAGCUGUUGGGCGAGCCCGAAAACCGGGACAUCACCUGCCUGUUCACGGAGAUGGCCAUGUGCGAGUAUGAGCUGGCAUCCAAUUCCGAGGAACUGCAGCGCUGCACGCUCAUUUUCGAACGCAUUCUGGCGAACGCAUCUGGCACAGACUGCUUGGAUGCGGAGCUGCUGCAGGCGUUUGUGGUGCGCGCCGAGAUGCUAUUGGCGCUGCAACAGCCCGAACAGGCGCUGCACUUGCUCAGCUGUCUGGCGCUGCAGCGGCGCACAGACAGCGACGCUGCGUCCAUUGCGCUGGAGCGCAGCACAGUGCUAACGCAUAGCCGCCAGCUAUUGGAUGCGGCAUUGGGCGCAGCUGCAGAGCAGGCUGCUCAGACGGCGCAGGCCAUGCCGCUGGAGGAUUACUUUAUGCCCAAUCGAUUGCUGUUGCUGUUGCGCGCCCAUUGCCUGCUGCUGUGCCUGCUGGACACGGCACAGGCAGCCCAGGAGCUGUUGCAGCAGCUGCUUCACCAGCCGCUGUUCGCCCUGGAGCCGACUCAGCUGGAGCGCACGCGCUGCCGUCAUUUGCGAGAGCAGCUGCGCGAACUGCAGCUAUUGCUGCUGCAAUUGCCGCACAGGACGCGGGCUACGCGUGGCACACAGCUGGUCAGCAUGCUGGAGCUGUCGCUCGAGGAGUUUCCACGCAAUUUGGCCUUCCUGCAGCGCUGGUCAACGCUCGUCACGCUGCCCUGGUAUAAGCUGCGGGCACGGACAAUUCGCACAAAGGCCGGCAUAUUGGCGCUGCUUCAUUUGGUCAUCGCGACGCACUGCCGCUUCGUCCAGCAGGCGGGCAAGUCCGGCGACAUUGAUGAGCAGCAGCGUGCACAGCUGUUGCACAAUCGCCUGCUGAGCAUUUUCGAGACAUUUCUGCCCAACAAUCCGCAUCGCUCCAGCAUCGAGGCCGAACAGUAUGCGAUCCUGCGCCGCAACUCCUUGUAUUGGCGCCUCUAUUUGCGCUGCCUAUCCACAGAGCGGACCAGCUUUGAGCGGAGCAAGCGCUGCCUGCUGAUGGCAAUGGACGAAUGCCCCUGGGACAAGGCGCUCUACAUGGAUGGCGUUACCUAUGUGCCGCAGGAGUUGGGCAAUCUGCAGGAUGUCAUGACUGAGAAGCAGCUGCGCAUUUACGCGCUGCCCGAGGAGCUUAAUGUGCUGCGCGAGGCAUAGGACUUGUUUAAAAAACAAUUCAAUAUAUACAUCA